AUGGUCCACCUAAUAAAGUGUUUUUAUAACAACUUCCAAUACUCAGUAGGACACAAUGGCACCUUCUUCGAUAUUAAAACUGGAGCCAGACAAGGAUGCGUAAUGCCUGUAGUAUUAUUCAACUUGGUCAUCGAUUGGGUCAUGCAGAAGACAAAAGGAAACUCUCCAAGGGGAAUCCACUGGGGCUUGUUCUCAAAAUUGGAGGAUCUGGAAAUUGCGAAUGACCUUGUGCUAAUGUCUCACACACACCAACAUUUCCAAGAGACGACCAACAGGCUGCAAACCUACGGACAGCAAGUGGGACUUCGCAUCAGUAUGAAGACAAUGACACUUAAUGUGGAAUUGCCUGCUCCUGUUAGUGUCAAUGGUGAAGAACUACGCCAGACAGAUAACUUUAUUUACCUGGGUAGUAUCAAACCCGAGGGCGGCACAAAGGAGGACAUCCACAACAGACUUGGCAAGGCCAAGAGAGUAUUUAGGGAAAUGAAUAACAUCUGGAGGUCUGCACAGUACAGCACCAGCAGCAAGCCGAAGAUUUACCAGAGCUGUGUUGUAUCAAUUCUCCUUUAUGGAUCGGAAUGCUGGAGAAUAAAAGAGACAGAUCCUUCCCUACCACCUGCCUCCACCGAAUACUAA